AUGUUUACGGCUGGGCGAUACGAAUUCAUUAAUAAAGGUGGUGAUAUAUUUAUCGAAUCAUUAGCCAGGUUGAAUCAUUAUUUGAAAACAACAACAGAUCCGCGAUAUGACAAUGUAACCGUAGUGGUUUUCAUUAUUUAUCCUGCCCUAGCAAAUUCAUUCAAUGUUGAAUCACUUAAAAGACAAGCAGUAACAAAGCAGUUACGAGAUACUAUUGACAAAAUCAAAGAGAAUAUUGGAGCGCGAAUAUUCGACUCAUGCCUGAAAGGAUAUAUUCCCAACAUGGAGCAGUUACUGUUACCUGCUGAAAUUGUACAGUUGAAACGAUGUAUUAUGGCUACAGCAAAAGAUGAGCUCCCACCAAUUUGUACACACAAUAUGCUAGAUUCAUCUGACCAAGUAUUAAAUGCACUCAGACGCACAAACCUUAUAAAUAAUCCCAGUGAUCGAGUCAAAGUUAUUUUUCACCCAGGUAAAAGUUAUUUCAAAUUCUUUUCUUCCUUCUCAUUUCUUGAUUUCUGUACAUAUCACACUGUUAGGUGA